AUGAGGUCUCCUGAACCCAAACAAAAGGAUUCUGUAGCAGCCUCACGCGAAGAUACCUGGAUGGCCGAGGUGCUCCGUUGUACUGAACGGAUGGAAAAGAAACAGAAAAAACCACCCCGUACAACCUCCAAGGAUGAGGUGAAACCGACUUCUGAGAUUUCUCAAGGACCUAUCGACACCUCACAUCUGGCGAGCCCGCUUUCUCCGCUUCCUGCUCCUGAUGACGGUAACGGAGUGUCUUUGUGUAGAGAAAAGUCAACCAAAUCACGAGUGUGGUCGACUUCUUCGGUUGAAGACGUUUUUAUAGGCGCCGGCGAUACUUCAAGCAACUUCUCACUGCCCGGUUUGAAAGUGGUGACCACCGCCAGCGAACCACAGAAGAUGAGUUGGUCUGCCCAGGACAGCUUGAAACCUGAACCGCCGAAAGAUGAAGGCCCCGACUCACCCUCAGAACAGUCUAGGAAUCGGCGGAAGAAGACACAGGUUUCCGCUGCUACCGCGCCUGAUAGUUCAGGAAAAUCCACCGGCCUGUCUCGUGAGGAUCGUUGGCUUCAGCUGCAACUGCAGAGGAUUGCGGAAAUGGAGAAUAAGACAGCAAAGACAACCCAGAAACGUUCAUAUACCGGCGUCGCAUCCACGAAUGCCACUAGACCUGACGUGUCUGGAUCUAUAGAUUUCACGGUCUCUAUGAUGACUGCUCAUGUGUCGGAAGCCGAAGGGCCCGCUGGAAUUCAGCAGCGAUCCUCUAAACGAACUGUUCGGCAAGCCGCUAGCAAACGUAAGCGCCGCAGACGAGCAAGCAAUCCGCGCGCCUCUGCGACCUCGGACGAAAGCAGUUUCGACGCUGUUGACCAGGCGUGGAGGUCGCCCGUAUCCACCGAGUCGGCCUUGUGCUCCUCACCCAGGGUAGACCCUACCUCUGUAUGCUCCCCCAAAGACGGUUAG